AUGGAGUACCUUAGUAGAAGUCUUAAUGAAUUGAAGGAGGACAAGGCUUUUAAAUUUCACCCCAGAUGUGCAAAACUAGGUAUCACACACCUCUGUUUUGCAGAUGAUUUAUUGCUAUUUGUGAAAGGAGACUACACAGCAGUCACUAAACUUCAUGAGAAAUUUACCAGAUUUUCUAAAGCCUCGGCUCUCCAAGCCAAUCUAGCUAAGAGUGCUAUUUAUAUGGGAGGGGUUGAUCCUACAGAAAGUACGAGAAUAACUCAAUUCUUAGGUUACGCUACAGGUGAAUUACCCUUCAAAUACUUAGGUGUGCCAUUGACCUCAAAAAAACUCAACCUGUCUCAGUGGCAGCCUUUGAUUGAAAAAGUGGUGGCAAAGAUAUCAUCAUGGACAGCAAAAAAAUUGUCCUAUGAAAGCAUAGUUCAAUUGGUUAAAACUGUUAUCUUUGGUGUUCAGUCAUACUGGGCCCAACUUUUCAUUCUUCUAGCUAAAGUAAUGAAAGCAAUUAAUGCCUAUUGCAGAAGUUUCAUAUGGUCAAGGAUCAACACUAUUACAAAGAGAGCAUUGGUAUCUUGGGAUAGGGUCUGUUUACCUAAAUCAGUUGGGGGAAUGAACCUGACAUAUUUGAAGACUUGGAAUAAAGCAGCAAUCACUAAAGCAUGCAAGUUGGAUGGUCAAGAAAAUUAUAGGCGCAAGGAGUGGACUUGUGCAUAUGCAGACAAGCAGGAUAGGUACUAG